CAUUUCUGAGAAGACUUUUCGCACAAAAACUCUUCUUAUUCCUAAAUUCAUUUCUUCCUUUCUUGAAUAUCGGCGUAGGGUUUAACAGAGGGUUAAGCUACGAGAAAUUAGGGCAGAAAUGUUGCUUAUUCUGUGAAUACGAUCAUUCCAUUUAUGCGCGAUUUACAUCUCAGACUAGGGUUUAUUCUCUAUUUCGCGAUUCUCAGAAGAUUUUAAAGGGAGUUACACAAUGUCUGAAGAACCAAGAUCAAAGCACAAAAAGCUCUAUAGAAAAGUGAAAUUUGCAGUUGGGAAAUCAAAAGUGUCUGACAGAGGAUUUGAAGAGACUGGAAAUCCUAAAAAGAGGAAUGAAAACAGUAAAUAUGAGAGGAAUUCUUCUUAUUCUGAUGCUGAAGUGAACGGAAAUAGUGAAAACAAGUAUUCUAGGUCAAAUUCCAGAGAUACAAAUUUCGUGCGACUUACGACUGAAAAACCUGGGUUUAAUUCAAAGAGAGUGUAUGGUGAUAGAGAUAACAAAGAAGAAGGGAAUAGGAAUAAAUCAUUUACGCCCAGAAAAGGCUGGAAAAAAUUUAACGAUGACGAAAUGUAUGAUAGGAAGAAACUGUAUGAUAAGAAAACCAGUGAAAGAAAAGAAUUUGGGCAGGGUGGUAAUACAAGGAGAGAUGGAAAUGGGUAUUCAAAAUUUGGUGGUAGAAGUUCUCCUGCUAGAGUUGAAGGUCGAUUUAGAAAUGAAGAGGGUUCGGAUAAUAAGAGAAAUAGGGAGUUUAGAUCUUCAAGAGGUGAUGUUGGAAGGGACGAUUCGAGUUUUGAUGGGAACCGUUCAAGUCGUAGAGUUGAGAGUAAGUUUAGAAAUGAUAAUGGGAAUGACAAUAGAUUGAGGCCAAGAGAGACGCUAGCAUUUAAAAGGGUUGCUGUCGGAGCUGAAUUUGGUGGUAGAAGUUCUCCUAGUAGAGUGGAAGGUCGAUUUAGAAAUGAGGAGGAUUCAGAUGGUAAUAAAAGAGAGUUUAGAUCCUCAAGAGGCGAUGUUGGAAGGGAGAAUUCGAGUUUUGGUGGGAAACGUUCGAUCCGUAGAGAUGAAAGUAAACUUAGAAAUGCUGAUGUUAAUGAUAAUAAAUGGAGGUCACGAGAGAAGCCAACAUUUAAGCGGGUAGCUACCAGAGCUGAAGGUGGGAAAGAGGGGUUUAAGAAUAAAAACUCUGACUUGGCUGCGCAAGUGAUUGAGAAGUAUGGUAAUAAGCAGCAAGCUGAGGCUGCUGAGAGUCUUCAAAAGGCUGAAAAGAGAUUUUUACGAUACAAGAAAGAUAAGGAGAACGCGGCUGAGGCGAGGGUUGUGAAGCCAAAGAAAACAAAGAUGGGCAUCCAUUCACUUGAUAUUUCAAAUAAACGUACUGAUGAUAGUGUUUCUGCUGAUGGUGAUACAGUGGAGAAGAAAGUUGAUGUACAAAAAGACGUUGAAUUAUCACAAAAUGCACAGUUCCGUGCAAUACAACCCAGCCCCUCCAUCCUUAAAUUUGUGGAAGAUAAUUUCUUGGGCCGUAGAAGGUUGGUUGAAUUUCAGAGAGCAGGAUACAACAUUGAACUCCCUGCUCCUCUAGAUAAUGUGCCGUUUUCUACAAGUACCGAAAGAGAACGAAUUGGAGAAUCUGCAUUUAGGAAUAAAUUGGAUUUCUUUGCUGCUGCAAAGGUGUCUUCUUCAUUUCCACCUGUUGACCUUCCAGAGAUUGCAUUCGCUGGAAGGUCAAAUGUUGGGAAAUCAUCGUUACUUAACGCACUUACAAGGCAGUGGGGAGUGGUGCGAACGUCUGAUAAGCCCGGGCAUACUCAGACAAUCAACUUCUUCAACCUCGGAAAAAAGCUGGCCUUGGUUGAUUUACCUGGAUAUGGUUUUGCUUAUGCAAAAGAGGAAGUUAAGGAUGCGUGGGAGGAGCUUGUUCAGGAGUACGUAUCUACCCGAGUGGGUUUGAAGCGUGUAUGCCUUCUUAUUGACACUAAGUGGGGCAUGAAGCCAAGGGAUCACGAGCUUAUUGAUUUGAUGGAAAGAUCGGAAACAAAUUACCAAAUUGUAUUGACCAAGACUGAUGUGGUUUUCCCGAUUGAUGUUGCACGCCGUGCCAUGCAGAUUGAGAAUACUCUCAAGGCAAACAAGUCUCUGGUUCAACCUGUGAUGAUGGCAAGUUCCCAGACUGGAGCUGGAAUCCGAUGCUUAAGAACUGUCCUUUCCAAGCUCAGCCGAUUGCCCAAACUAUAAAAUGUUUUGAGAGGUAUUCAUUUUCAGUUGUCUAAUCUUGUACCUACGUUGGUGUCGUAAAUGCUGGGUCAAGUGAUCCCCCCUGGCCAUGGAAAAGGGUAUUCAAUUUGUUCACCCAUCUCAAUUGAGAUGGCAUCAAUAAUAUCAGCCUCCAUUUUUCAUUAUCAGUAUCCUGUUUUACUACUUUGAAAAGGCUUAACUGAAAAGUUAACUACACCGGAUCGAUGUUCAAGUUCGUGAAUGGAACUAGGAGGUUUGGACUGGAGACCACAAGUUGCAUUUGCAAUGGUCACUAUUAGUGAGUGGAAUGAAAUCCUUUAUAAUAGUCCACCUUGGAUCUUCGGGGAGAACAUAGAUUCAUAGAAUAUGUCGUAUAGUGGUGGAUUAGUUAGGGAGGGAAAACGUGGUAGGUUGUUAGUUGAAAUCCAAAUCACCUACCACACAGUACAGCGGCCACUAAUCACGAUAGCAUUAUUAGUUUUAUUUGCAGAUUUUGAUUGGUCUUGACCUUGCACUUGACAAGUGAAGUAAAAAAGUCUUAUAAUGCAACUACGCGAGACAGCAAAGACAACGUCACGGAUCGAACAAGGACCCAGUCUAUAAUAGUUGCGAGUGACAACACCUUGAGAAAAAGAAGGUUGUGGCAAUUAGACAAGGGUUAACGUUUCAAAUUUUGAUCGUCCUUGAUCUCAUAGAUUUUACUUCUAAAUAGACUCACUGUAGGACGUUUUAUGGUAACCCUUAUCCGCUAAGGAUGUUCUAUCUAUCAUCUAUGUGACACGAACCCUAAAUGAAAGUAGUUUACCUGUCUUUCUCUAACUUGCAUUUUAAAUUUCCUCUCUUUUGAAUUUAAGUCCAAAGUCCACAAAGUCCCACAUUACAUCAAUUCAGAAUACCGUCUACUAACUCUUCCUUGUCUGAGAUCGAUAAUAAUUUCAGAAAGGGACUUGUUUUUUUCUCUGUGAUAUUGGGUACCACUAAUCCAUUAUCAAAUGAUAUUCACUGGUUCCAGUAAAAACAUCCAUCCUCAUCAUCACUAUAACUAAAUUUAUUAUCUUGUCAAAGGUUGUGGGAUCCAGCAAAUUAUUAAUUAUGGUUCAGAUUAAUUAAAAUGAUGCGUGUGUCCGCAGCAAGCAAAAAGUAUUUGUUCUCUUCUGCUAGCAGCCCCGUCCGGAGUACUAUAUUUUCCCAUCCAUCAAUCAAGCAAAACGUCAUCACUUAAUCUCGGUGACGAAUUAGCCUUUGGUUCAGUUGUGGUACCAUUAGCUAAUUGAUAAGGAAUUUUGUGUUCCUUCGUUAGUCUAGUCUUUGGCGGCAUCAUCUUUAUCGAAAUGUUUUCAUUUCUGAUAGAAAUUUGAGUUUUAUAACGAGAAUGUGUCACCAAAAUAUUAGCUUUAAAUAUAUUGUCGCUUGCGUUUUACAGAAAAAAUAGCAUCACCAUAUCGACCGUGUUAUCCAAUCCCGAACAUGAGAAAAAAAAAAACAUCAUAAAACCUCUAAUCAGAUUACAUUAAACUCUAAUCAUUAGAUCAAAUUUGAUCAAACUUUGUCAACGGUAUUUGAUGUGUAAGAUAAACGAAACACGGUUAUGACUUAUUCAUUAAAAAAAACAUUAUUCUGGAGUCAAAUAAUGCCGUCGUCCUACUCCAUUUUCUCUUUCUCUAAAUAACCCAACUUUUUUGUGUCCAAGCUCCGAAGAGAAAAUACCAACCCCAACGAAUUAACUCAACCACCACCACUCUCAGAGAAAAAGGAGCCUCCCAUCCUCCUCUUCUUCUUCACCAUUUUUCUCUGAGAAGAAUUUGUUAAGAAACUCAAAAAUGUGCCCACUUAGGAUCAUAUUGAUUUUUCUGUCCGCAACACUAGCUGGAUUUUUUGUUUUGAGAAACUUAAAAAACACCCCUAUAGAUUUUGAAGAAACUUACAAUAACAAUAAUGUGGACGAGGAUGAAUCAGAAUCAGAAUCAUCUUCUGUUCCUCGAUCAAAGAAGGUUCUGUCUGCAAUUGGUUCUGGGUUUUGGACAUGUGUUGAUAUGGCAAGUGGAAGGUAUUUAUGGAGGCAUUUAGGACCAUCAUCUAAACAGUCGUGAUCAUCUUCUUUCUUGUUUAGGUCUGUUUCCUGGCUUUUUUUUGGGCGUGUGUUUGUGAUGAUUGACGAUUAUAAUAGUAAUCUCUUUUGUAAAAAGAAAAAAAAUUAGGAUAAAAUUUAAUGAAUGGGGGAAAAUGAGUCAAUCUGUGUUUGUGGUGUGGAAAAUCACAUGGAUUUUUCUGUAAUGGUGGUGUUUCUUGUCUGUAUGUUAACAAAUUCUUCCAGUAACAUCUUGGAAAUUUUACAUGAAAAAAAAUGAUCCUUUA